UAAUAAAGACACAUUGAAGGACAUGUUUGUGACAUCAGAGAUUGGGCAGCAGGCUUCACCUUGGAACUGAAAUUUGGGCUGGACUGGAUUUGUGUAUUUGAGGAUGCCUGAAUCAGAUGUACCACCAAAGUCUUCUCAUCGCAAGAUCACAAUAGCUGUCAUUGGUGUGGCCAUCCUCAUUAUUGUUGGAGCCAUUGUUGCCGCCAUUGUUAUACAUCUGGUCCUUGACAAGCGUAAUUCUGGACCCAAUCCCCAUUACUUGAAAGGUUCACUCCGGAUACUUGACAUAAACUACAGUGAUGUUUACAGAGACAGCAGCAGCUCUGAAUUCAGAAAACUGGCAGAUGAAACUGAAGGCAUUUUAAAAGAGACAUUUAAGAAUUCAGAACUGAAGACUCAAUAUAAUAUGUCCAAAGUAGUCAGCUUUAGCCCUGGGAGUGUAAUAGCAGAAUUUGUGAUCCUGUUUCUAGUAUCCAGUGCUGACAGCAAGUCAUUUUCUUUAUCUACUGCUCAGAAAAUCUUCUCGGAGAAUCUUAUUAAUGCUUCUAGGACUACAAAAUUCCAGUUUGACAUUGACAAAAGCUCACUUCAGUUGUCAGAAAUCCCAGUCGAGGACGCGGAAAACCUCAUAUAUUGUGAUUGUGGUAUUGGAGGACCUUCAGUAUCAAGCAGAAUAGUAGGAGGUGAACCAGCAUCUUUAGGGUCAUGGCCCUGGCAGGCCAGUCUGCGUUUAAAUGGCGUUCAUAGAUGUGGAGCGUCACUCAUCAGCAAUACUUGGCUUGUAUCUGCUGCUCACUGUUUUGAAAGCAAUAAAAUAGUUAAUAUGUGGACAGUAAUUCUAGGUACAGUUUCAUCAAAGCCUCAAUAUGGAUUAAAACUGAAACGGAUCAUAGUCAAUGCAAAUUUUAAUGAGAGACACGGAAAUGACAUUGCGCUUCUUGAGCUGUCUCAUCCACUAAACUUUAAGAAAGACAUCCGUCCUGUAUGUUUACCAAGUUCAUCGGAGAACUUUGCAGAUGAUACGUCAUGCUAUGUUACAGGAUGGGGAGCUCUUGAAAACGAAGGCCCAUCAUCACCUAAUCUUCAGCAAGCGGAAGUGAAGAUAAUAAGCUCAGCUUUAUGUGGAAGCCCACAGAUGUAUGGAAAUUUAAUAAAUCCAUCCAUGAUAUGUGCUGGAUACAUUGAGGGACAAAUUGAUGCCUGUCAGGGGGAUUCCGGAGGUCCGCUGGUAACUACACAAAAUAAUGGAAAAUGGGUGCUUGUUGGCGUUGUCAGCUUUGGAGAUGGAUGUGCCUUACCAGAUAGGCCUGGUGUCUACUCCAGAGUGACAUAUUUGCGCAACUGGAUCAGUAACAAUUCGGGCCUGUGAUGUACAACAGUUCUACUUUUUAUAGUUCUACUUUACUUUUUUAAGAGGCUAAUUACCCUGAAAAACUGAACAUAUCUGGAUAUUUAUCAUUUACUUUUCUAAGUACUCCCAACUUGUAUUCUUGGAAAUCUGCUGCUAUACAAAAGCAGAAAAGACAUGAAAAAUAUAGUCGAUAAUUCUAUAAAGAUAGCAAACAUAUUGGACUUCAUUUACUAAGGCUUUUCCAGAUUUUAUAGAGUUUUAUGUGUCGUGUGCCAGAAUUUCUGCCAAAAAAUCCUAAUAACUCUCCACUUAAAACUCAACAAAGGGGUGUAGCCAUCAAAGAAAAGGGGUGUGUCUCCAAAAAACCCUAUAUUUUCGAAAGAAACCUGCAAAUUUACUAUUGUUUCCACAUAAAAUGUGGUGGAUUUAAGCUCUGGAAAUCCCGACAGCUCAGCACAGGUGUAAAAAAGAGCAAAACAUAGGGAAAAUCCCCAGAUACAAUAGUAAAUACCAUGGAAAAAUACCUGUCAGAAACAUAAACCCACCAUGAAAACUAGACUGCACUCUUAGUAAAUGAGGCCCAUUGUUGUCACUUAUAUGUGACUUUUAAUUUUCCCUUGUCAAUACAGGCAGAUUAUUAAAAAGCAUGUAACUAGCUCUUUGAAGAUCAGGUGCUGAUCACAAGUUUAUUAUGUGUUCCUGUUAUACAGGAUUUCUUUAUGGCACAUUGCAUUGCGUCAAUGUAAAAAUGUAUGUCCAUAUAUUAAUUUUUCUGCAUAACAAUUUAUUGUGCAAUUAUUUCUAUGUAACAAAGUAUUUCAAUGUAAAAAAUAUAUGCUUUAUAAUGUAGUAGUGAAAUGGUAUGCACUGUCUCUAAUGUAAAAAAUAUGAGAAACAUGAUCAGAGCUUAUGACACUACAGAUUACCUGCACUGAAUCCAAAUGGACAGCACUUAAAUACAUGUGUAAACUAAUACGGUAGCCAUAUCAUCAUGUAAAUAUUGGUUCUCUUAUGAUAAUGUAUCUAAGUCAUUGUUGUACUGCACUUUAAAUGUUUGAUGUAACACAUGUCCUGUUCUGUUAUAUAUGUUUUAUGCAUUUUUUUGUAUUUAUAUUUGUGUGACAACUCAUGUCACCAAGUUCAUUUCUUGUAGAUAUGGACAUUUAAAUAGGUACUCACCAUUUGCGUUAGUCUAUGCCGCCUGAUAGGAUCACAGAAAAGAAAAGGUUAAGUAAAAUAUAUACCCAUAGCAACCAAUCAGAUUUAUUAUUUCAUUUUUGAAAAGGCCUCCGUGGGGGGAAAUUGCAACUUUUGGUAAAAAUGACACAUAAUCUUUCUUCUGUUGGUCCAUACGAUUACAACGAUACCCAUUUUAUAUAGGUUUAAUUUUAUUUUACUACAAAAAAAUAAAAGGUAUACAGUAUAUAUAUGUAUUACCUUUUUGUAUAAAAAUUAGUAAGCCUAAAAUUUUCCUCCUCUUACCCCUAUAACACUUAUUUUCUGUACAUGGGGAUGUAUGAGGACUCCAUUUUUGCACCAUGGUGUGUAGUUUCUAUCGGUACCAUUUUUGUUUUGAGGGGCCUUUGUUUUUUUUUUAUGUUUAUGUCAAUGAACAAGUUAGGUUAUAUUUUAACAGUUUGGAAAUUUACACGUGCGGUAAUGCCACAUAUGUUUAUUUUUUUACAUUAUUUUAUUUGAAAAAUUGGAAAAGGAGAAAGGAACUUAUUCGCAUUUUUUUACAUUUCUUUUCCCACAUUUUAUUUACUAUUUUUUAUUCUCUAUAAGGGACUAUUUCAUGCAAUCUUUAGAUUGCAAACAGUGAACAAUGCUGUCCCAUUGCACAGCAUUGAUCAGUGUUAUCGGUGCUCCAUUACUCCAGGCAGCUGAGGCUGCCUGCACAAAAAAAAAAUGAAAUCAUCAGAUCCAAAUUUAAAAAUUUAUGGCGGAGGUGAAGUCCAUGGACUAAUAGCAGAGAGGAGGAGAAUCUGCUCUCCACAAAUCAGUACCUCUUUUCCCCUUCUAGUGUAUGGGAAGAGGAGGGGCUGCUGGGUGGAGCAGAUCCUCCUUCUCUUGCUGACACUAACACAAACCAUCCCCAUAGUACCACAGGAGAAACAGAGUUUAUCCCUAUAGCCCUGUACCAACUAAACAGAGGUUUAUUAUUGUAAUAUAUUGCAAAAAUAUUUGUUUGAUAUUUAUAUAUGCAUAAAGACUUUUCUUAUUUUGUAUUCCAUAUGCUAGUAUAAUGUUGUAUAAAUG